CCCUUUUCCUGGAACGUGGUCGCAUUGUGCGGAUAUCCGUGCUUUCUGUACUCCGUAGUCCGUACCAAUCAUCCUCUCCCCAAGGCAUUUGAACCGUUCUCAUACCACAUACCCAUGCUCAACCAGGCUGUCGGCGACGACAAACGACCGACCACCCCCCUGGAAUGAACCGGUACUACGUGUAGCCGUGACACAUUCAAUGCCGUGGGUGUGGUAGCGAGCUUGUUCCGGUUGACCAACUUGAACGUCUCUGGCCAGACUCUCCCAAGCGUAUCGAAUACCUCACUACACACCUUCAGGUGCACAGGAUGCCCUCACCCAAAACCAUCAGCUCGGCUACCUUUUCGAACCCAGGCUUGUCGCAGUCGCAUUCACCGUCGCUAUACCACCCCGAGCAGACCCUUCAGACCCAUCAAAUACAUGCAUCGGGCUCACCGCAAUACCAGCAACACCACCACAAUCAGCAGCAACGGCAACCGUCUUAUCAGAAGCAGCACAGACUCUCCAGGUCCUUCCCCUCGUCGCCGUCUUCAAAUCACCUGGCUGUCCCCCGCUACCCGAUCGGCACACGCUCCGACCGACCACAGGCUCCAGUCUCAUCUUCGCUUGGUUCUCGUCUUGACACAAGCACGUCCUUUUCGCGCAAAACGCCGUCACCACUACCACGAACAUCCUCUCUUCUACCGCCCCCGCAACAGCCUGCAACUCACUUUCCGACAAACAAGCCCGAUAUCGUGAUCCUCGAAGAAACCGACUCAAACUCGCCAUUGGACUACGAAGUGUUUUCACAUCUCCGACCCUCCACCGCCCACUCGCGUUCGAGCAGCGCAGGCCUUUCGAGUGACGGUGUAAGAAAUCUCAAUCGCUGGUCUGCCUCGACAACCUCAAGCCGGGCGUCGGCCCAGGACCAUCGCGCGUUCAACUCUCAUGCACGCCGCAUGAGCGUUGAUGCCUCUGCAUUACCCGCGACUAAUAGCACAUUGGCACCUAGUCAGCCAAGUCAAAGGCUCCCGAGACACCGACGACGAUCAAACUCCAGCGACGGUUCUUGGGGAACUAAUAGCGGAAGCAAGUUGCGCGCCUACUCACCAUCUGGAUUCACGCACACCGAGGGUCAUUCCACCCUGUUUACAUCCCAUAACCACAACUCGCCCUCGACGAACAAGCUCGCAACUCUAGGAAACGGCUCGCGAGCGCCGACGGGUGCCUCCCGUGCGCUCAAGACUGGCCUCGUCACCGACCAGAACCAAACCUGGGAUGCAUUCUCCGGUCCCGGACGGAGAGGAUCAACUGAACAGCGUCGACAGCAAGUGUCUCGCGUAGCAAUGCCACCCGAUCGCAAUGGGGAGGCCUAUGAGACGAAGGGCCACUCCCGCAAUUGGUCGCAGGCCGCAAAGGGGAGUGCCGAUACCACUGGGUCCUCGCGGGGCAAGGAAAGGGGAAACCGGCCGCCAUCGCAAAAAGCCAUGCUUUCACGAGCCUUACAAAAGGCGAAUACGGCAGUUCAGCUAGAUAAUGCGCAGAACUUUGAAGGCGCGAGGCAUUCAUACGCGGAGGCAUGCGAGCUGCUGCACCAGGUGCUUGCUAGGACAUCCACCGAGGAGGACAGACGAAAGCUUGAGGCGAUCCGUCGAACCUACACCAGUCGCAUUGAAGAAUUGGAUGAAAUGGUUCCCGUCCAGCAAGUUGCAGAAGGCAAGGCACUGCCAGCUAGACCAGAAAGCCUGGGCCUGCGCUUGAAUCCUACCCUGCAAUUCGACGAUGACGAUGAAGAUUUGGAGGAUACGGAUGGCUUGGAAACUGCGACAUUGACGAGGAUAUUGAAAGAGGGAAACCAACAAGCAAACAGCUACAGUGGCUCUGGUCUAACCAUCUCACGAAUGCAGGGUCUGGGAGACCGACAAAGGAGUGCUUCUGCAAGGUUACCGGAGCAGUACCCCUUGCAAUCCUCCUUCUCACGAUCUCCGCUUCGAGACCGUGCGUCAGAUGAUCAACUCAUCUUUCAAAUACCCACAGACGACGCAUACAUGCCGCCGCCGCUCUCCCCGAGACGGCUCUCGUCACCCAAGGCUGACGGCCAAAGUAGCCCUGAUGGACCCAUCAGAUCAGACUUCUCCCUCUCAGCAAGACGAACUAGCCAAAGUUCUCGACACGUCAGGGACUCGAGUCGAGAGUCGAGCUCGUGGUUGGACCCCAUUGAUGAGUCUGGAGGUUCCACAGCGUCCUCCGUUCAUUCCAGGUCGUCAUCUGCAGUGAUAAGGCGCAAGCACAUACGUGCCCCGAGUGGCGCUACUGAAGCAGAGUUUGACGCAGCGUUAGACGCCGCAGUAGAAGCAGCCUAUGACGAUGGGUAUGAGCCGACAGGAUUUUCUAAUCCAGAGACUCAAGGCUCAGAUGAUCCGAUUGUAGCAAAGGCCUUGAGAAAGGUUGAGUUGGCCAAAGAGCGGGUUCGCCAAACGGAGAGAGAGGCUAUUGAACAGGCCAAUGAGAGAGACCGGCUUGCGCGAAUUCAAGCGGAACAGCAGUCUGACGAAGAUGUCGUCCGCGAAGACUUCUUCGAUGACGGAUCAUCAGAUGAAGAGGAGCGCAUUCUCGACGAGAUCACUCGAGACUACUCGGUUGACGAUUUCGCCUUUAACCUAGCCUCUCAUCAGGCUGCAGCUAGAACCUCGGGCUCAAGUGAUCUGGCCCAGUCGUCAUGGCAGCCGUCCGUCACUCCAACCGAUGCCGCAGGUGAUGAUGUUUUCUCUUCUCUUGCCGAUCCUAUCGCCGCAAACAACUUCCCGAGUGUCGGAGGCCCUGCAGUUCCGCCGCCAGCACAAGCUUUGCCCCAAUUGCCCAGUAAAAAGCCUGUAUCGGGGGCGACGCCAUUGCCAGGGCCUGGGCAAAGUGUGCGAAGCAGGCGGAUGUCCGGACAAAAUCCUAAGCAACUAAAGAUUGAAACUACCAAGCUUGCAAAGUAUGGCGACCCUGGUCGACGAUACAGUGUUGCCCAAGCGUCGAGUGGAAUACAUGGGGUAGAUUUCGGACACCCUGACAUUAACGGGCCUUCCGAUGCGGAUGCGGAUGGCUCAAUGGCUCGGCCAUAUUCGCCGCCAGAAGGCAUCAGUCCAACCCAGCCAGUGCCUCCUACACCUCCGCUUGGCCACUCAAGAAGCCGGGACAGUGAGGACUUUACGGGCAGCCACUCUGGUUCGCCUUCUUUUCGACCUACAUUGAGGAAGAACUUCUCUUCCUCAAGUCUAAGAAGCAUGAAGAACCGGAACAUGUCUUUAUCGAAUCUGGACGAUGCGUCUGAUAUGUCUCCCGGCACCCCAUUAAGUACCGCUUUUGGCAUUAAUGGCAGACAUCCAGCGAUGCCAACGUUGCCGACACCCUUGGCAGCUGCUUUCAAAGAGAAGUUCACGCCAAGCUCUGCCGGGGGCCUUUACCUGUUUGAUGAUAGCCUUCAUUCACCGCAGAGCCCGGGGUCGCCAAACGCACUUCAGCCAGAUGCCCCAAUUCCCCUAGAGCCGUGCCCAACAGACUAUAUGUUGAGGCCAUUUUGGCUAAUGCGAUGUCUAUAUCAGACUCUUGCUCACCCCCGCGGAGGAUACCUCAGCAACAAGCUAUUUGUUCCACGCGACGUAUGGAAGGUGAAGGGCGUCAAGAUUCGAAAUGUGGAGGAUAAAGUGGCAACGUGCGACUACCUAACAGCUGCGCUAUUGAAGCUCGCGCGAGUCGACACAUGUGACGCGGAUGCUGUUCUCGAAGAGAUGCAAGCUUUGGAAGGCAUUCUCGAACAAGUACAAGUCGGGCUGACGCGCAAGCUGGGUACGGAUGUGGGUGUUCAGACCUCCAGCAUGUUAUUCCGAGAUGCGUCGAAUUCGGCAGAGCUUGAAGCGGCAAUCAGCGUGCCGCGUUCAGCAAGCGUGUCGGGAAAGUCCUCAUCCUUCUCAUGGCGGAGGCUGCGGUCCAAGAAUUCGGCAGCGGGCUUGAACAAUUCCUUUAAUGCCAAAAGCAAUGGGGGAGAGAGCGGUAAGGAAUCUCCAGGCCUAGAAACACUGCCGAUGACGGAACACCCAACAAGUCGUCCUUCCAGAAGAGACCCGAGCAACGCGCAAUUUUCAGGGCCGAAUGCGAACUAUAUGGGGUCACUGGCUCGACUGUUUGACGCUGCUCAGACGAUUGACCAAAUCGCGCGCCAGGUUGAAGAUCCAGGCCUGAGGCAUGCCGACAAGACACAGGUCGGCCUCGAGCUUUGCACACGACAUGCGGCAGAGUUUUUUGGCUUUUUCAUCUGCCGGUUUGUGUUGUCUGACCUGAGUCUGCUCUUGGACAAAUUCAUCAAGAGGGGAAGCGAGUGGGUUCUCGCCUAAGAUAACGAAGCAUGAGCUGCGUGACACGAACUGUUCAUGUGGAUAUGAUAAGCAAGCCACGGAGGCAUGAUUUAAGAGUAGUAAAGAGCAGCUGAAGGGGCUGCUAACCGGACUUAUUUAAUCAAGAGCCAUACCUGGGUUUAGAAGGUCGGAUGUCCGAUGAUAGAAGCUAAAGCCGGAUGGAAUGGCGGAAUUGUCUACGCAAGCCUGCUUGCUGGUCCUGGGUUUGAAGUUUUCAUAUUCCAAAGAUACCUCAACAUUUUCAACAUUGAAAUGGGAUUGACUACAUAAUUAUAAGAAAUUUCGAUGUGGACG